ACGCGACGCCAUAAAGGGCAGCUCCCUCCUGGCGCCGCAGUGCACUUCCGAGGGCCCUGCCGACCGGACCCUUCAGCUGAAAAACCUCAAAAUGACGGCGUCGAAAAGAACUCACGCCCUUGUUUCCGGCAUUUGCCUCCUCCUGCUGGCGCAACAGGCGAUGUCCCACACAUGGGGGCACCACCGGCCGAGCUUCCGCAAGCCGUACGAGCGCUACGGCCACAGUGUUAGGAGCUCCUCCCGUGGCGACGGAUGGAGGAAAGGGACACCUCCACCUGGUGGACGGCAUAGAAGGGCUGGCCGGAGCAGAAGCCUCGCCUCCCAGCGCGGGGUUCCCGGGCGAAGACUCCUUGGUGGCCGCCCCUGGGCUCGGCCAAGGAGUCCGCGUCAGUGACAUCGAUCUGAGGGGUGGUCCUGCGGGGGGAGAGUGAGGGCGGUCCCUUACAGAAAGCGACGCUUCGAAGACAAAACAAAACCAGCACGGUGUGAGAGUCUCAAUAAACGUUUUCAUAAUA